CAUACAUGCGGUCUGAUUUUGUCACUUUGUAAACAAAAUAUUGAAGGUGUUAAACGUGUUAUGAAAUUUCAGUUCUUCCUGAGUAAAUUUAAUGAAAAAAAUAGCUAAAAUGCCUGCUGUGGCCAAGAGAAAUAAAGCGAAACCUGGAAAAUCGGAAGGGAUAACGAAAAAACCAUUAAUUUUAUCAAAUCGGAGCAACAAACGAACAGCGAAAAAAGCCAUUACCGAACGGAAUGAGAAGGGCAUAAUCUAUGUCAAACAUUUGCCCCAUGGCUUUUUCGAGAACCAGUUAAGGGCUUUCUUCUCCCAGUUUGGCAAUGUCACUCGGGUACAUGUAGCCCGAUCGAAGAAAACCCUCCGGAGUCGGGGAUAUGCGUACGUUGAAUUCAUGUUCCGAGAAGUAGCCCAGAUUGCUGCUGAAACGAUGAGUAACUAUCUGAUGUUUGGUAAACUGUUAAAAACCGGUCUCUUGCCUGCAGGCGCUAAACGAAUUCCCCGUAAGUACGAGAAGGCUUUUGAUAGUAAUGGAAAUCAGACGACGACUUACAACCUUUGGCUUAAGAAACAAGUUGCUAAAAGCAAUUCCAGAGUCUCAAAGACAAAAAUUGUUAAGCGAAACCUCCGUGCCCUAAGCAAACUUAAAAAGAUGAAGGAAAAAUAUGCCAAAAUGGGAAUCGACUACAAUGUAGAUGAUGUUGCUCCAAUUUAUAGUAAAGAUGAUUUGAAAAAACCAGAGCAGGACGUAGAAGAAGCUAAAAAUCGUGCAAAAAAGCACCAGAAAAACAUAAGUGCAGAUAUUGACGAAUCAAGUGAAGAUUCCUCCGAUGAUGACGAAGAAGCCGGUUUUCUCUCGUUGGAAUCAGCGGAUUGGGAUGUUUCUAUGUCGGACGAUGAUGAAAACGAGGACAAUGAUCAGGAAAAUCAACUCGAAAGAUCGAAAAAAUUGGUUGCUGUUGAUUUUGCUAACAAAACGAAGAUUCGCAUUGACAAGGAAAAGAAAAAAAAUCAAAAGCCUCACCGACCCCUUGUUUUAAGGCCACCAAGUUCUACGGAUUCUUCUCCAGAAAAAACGGUAUCCAAGAAAAAAGUCACAAGGAAAGUAAAUGAGCCCGUUUUGCAGACAGAACCAGAUUCAAGUCCUGAGCAGCAGAAAAAGCGAUCAAUUAAGCUAAAGGGCGAUAAAAGCAAAAAAAGUAUUGGUGGAAUCACGAAAAAAGCAAAAAAAGUGAAAUCCAAGGACCAGAAAAAAAUCUCCGGUCCUGUGAUAAAUGCCGCCAAGGCUUUACUGAAAGAUCCCAGCGUAAAGAAGACACAGGCCAAGGACAUCAAUAAGAAGAAAAAGAAGAAGUAAAGUUAAGUUUAAAUAAAUAUUAUAAUUUCUUUUGAAAUAAAAAUGUAGAUUGUCUAAGAA